AUGGUGAGGCUCGUGCUGCCCAACCCGGGCCUGGAGGACCGCAUCCCAUCCCUGGACCAGCUGGAUGUCAUCGAGAAGGAGGAGGCCAGCUCGCGGCCCACGUGGGACAACAAGGCCCAGUACAUGCUCACCUGCGUGGGCUUCUGCGUGGGCCUGGGCAACGUGUGGCGCUUCCCGUACCUGUGCCAGAGCCACGGCGGAGGAGCCUUCAUGAUCCCGUUCCUCAUCCUGCUGGUCCUGGAGGGCGUCCCGCUGCUGUGCCUGGAGUUCGCCAUCGGGCAGCGGCUGCGCAAGGGCAGCGUGGGCGUCUGGAGCUCCAUCCACCCGGCCCUCAAGGGCGUAGGCAUCGCGUCCAUGUUCGUGUCCUUCAUGGUGGGCCUCUACUACAACACCAUCAUCGCCUGGGUCCUGUGGUACUUCUUCAACUCCUUCCAGGACCCCCUGCCGUGGAGCACGUGCCCGCUCAACGCCAACCAAACAGGCUACGUGGAGGAGUGCGCCCGCAGCUCAUCCGUAGACUAUUACUGGUACCGCGAGACCCUCAACAUCUCCACCUCCAUCAGCGACUCGGGCUCUGUGCAGUGGUGGAUCCUGCUGUGUCUGACCUGUGCCUGGAGCAUUCUCUACGUGUGCACCAUCCGCGGCAUCGAGACGACCGGCAAGGCCGUGUACAUCACCUCGACACUGCCCUAUGUCGUUCUGACCAUCUUCCUCAUCCGAGGCCUGACGCUGAAGGGAGCCGCCAACGGUAUCGUCUUCCUCUUCACGCCCAACGUUGCAGAACUGGCCAAUCCGGUGACCUGGCUGGACGCGGGAGCGCAGGUCUUCUACUCCUUCUCUCUGGCCUUCGGGGGCCUCAUCUCCUUCUCCAGCUACAACUCGGUCCACAACAACUGCGAGAUGGACGCGGUGAUCGUGUCCAUCAUCAACGGCUUCACGUCCGUGUACGCAGCCACUGUGGUCUACUCCAUCAUCGGCUUCCGUGCCACCGAGCGCUUCGACGACUGCUUCAGAGAGAACAUCCUGACGCUCAUCAACGGGUUCGACCUGCCUGAGGGAAAUGUCACCCAGGAGAACUUUGAGGCGGUACAGAAGUGGUGCAAUGCCACCGACCCCGUGGCCUACGCCCAGCUGAGCUUCCAGACCUGCGACAUGAACUCCUUGCUGUCCGAGGGUGUGGAGGGCACGGGGCUGGCCUUCAUCGUCUUCACAGAGGCCAUCACCAAGAUGCCGCUGUCCCCGCUGUGGGCUGUGCUCUUCUUCGUCAUGCUCUUCUGCCUGGGGCUCUCGUCCAUGUUUGGGAACAUGGAGGGCGUGGUCGUACCCUUGCAGGACCUCAAAGUCGUCCCCAAGAAGUGUCCCAAGGAGUUGUGCACAGGCCUCCUCUGCUUGGGGAUGUACCUCGUGGCCUUCAUCUUCACGCUGAACUCCGGCCAGUACUGGCUGUCCCUCCUCGACAGCUACGCCGGCUCUAUCCCCCUGCUCGUCACUGCCUUCUUCGAGAUGUUCUCUGUGGUCUACGUGUACGGCAUGGACAGGUUUAACAGAGACAUCGAGUUUAUGAUCGGCCACAAGCCCAACAUCUUCUGGCAAGUCACGUGGAGAGUGGUCAGCCCCUUGCUCAUGCUGGUCAUCUUCCUGUUCUUCUUAGUGGUCGAGGUCAACGAGGAGUUAACAUACAGCGUCUGGGACCCUGCCUAUGAGGGAUUUCCCAAAUCUGAGAAGGUCCCGUAUCCAGACUGGGUGUACGGCGUGGUGGUCAUCGUGGCCGGCGUGCCCUGCCUCACCAUCCCCGGCUUCAUCCUCUACAAGCUCAUCAGGAACCGCUGUCAGAGGCCAGAGAACGAGCAGGGGCUGGUCAGCUCGCUGUCCAUCGCCUCUGUGAAUGGGGACCUAAAGUACUGA